CGCCCCCUCCCCUCCUUGCCACCAUGUCCAACAGCACCGGGUCCACUCCCUCCAUCAUCGAUGCGCUGCCCCCCUCCCUGAAGCUGCCGCCGCAUCUCUCGGCGCACAAAUAUUUCUUCGUCUGUACUCUCACCGUUGCCGCUUGGGAUACGCUGGUACUUUCCCCCCGCACAUGGCGUCUAAUGCGAACGAAAGAAUGGCCUCCUCUCAAAAUCAUUUUCCAUUUCUUGAGGGUUUUCAUGCCGAUUGAAUUCACCAUCGUUGGGGUUGCGUUCUUCGACACCAAGUUCACGCAGGCGCAAUGCCAAAAGUUCUACCUUUUCGAACCCAUUUGCACCGCUAUCCUUUUAGCCCUCUGCUCGGCCGUCCAUGUCAUUCGCAUUCACGCGAUCUACGAGAGGAAUAGGAGUGUUCUUGCUGGUAUGGGCGCACUCUUGGCUAUUCAGAUCGUCGUGACAGCCAUUUGCUGCGGCUUCUACCGAUCUGUGCCUUUGGACGUAGGCCAGGGAUGCAUUGCUGGGCCGAAGGCCAACUGGGUCGGCAUUUACUGGCUCUCAGCGACAUUGCUGUAUACAGCAUCGUUUGCUCUGGCUGUGGCUCGUUCCGUGGGCUCGCUUAAGGUGAAGCCGUUGAGCCCCUGGAAGCUUAUGCUUCGAGAUGGUCUCAACCUGUACGGUGCCAUCUGGAUCGUCAACAUGGUCAACAUGCUGUUCUGGUUCAUCAUAAAGCCAACUGGCACCAAUGACCCAAUCAGGACCAUUGUUACGAGCAUGGCUGCUGUCCUUACUACCUCCAUGACCCUGCGUAUUAUCCUUGGUGUCCGCGGCUCGCUCAUCGACGGAGGCUCUUUCGCCGGCUCUCACUCUACUGCAACCGGCUCUUCUUCUCGUGGCGGCACCACACACGUUAUCUCCUCCCGCAGCACCCCGGCUGCUAAUCAGACGUUCCAGAUCGGUUCCCGCGCUGUCGGCCAGACCUACACUAUCGACGAGCUGCACGGUGCGAGCGGGAAGGGCGAGGAGUGGACAGACCCCGUCAUGGAUGGCAAGAGCAGCGUGCACGACACCAAGGAGGGCGUUUUCCCUAUCGAGAGCCCGCCCCAGGGUGUGAAGAUCACGAUUGACCGGGAGGUGGACGUGGAGUAUGAUGUCGAGCCGUAUAACCGCGGACCCAAGUAGGCGGGUGCUGAGCGGUGUUCUGUGGUGGACAUUGGGCAUUUCGGUGUAAGAUGUACCCCCAUCACGCUUCGAUGGUGAUGCUGGGAGCGCAGGUGUAUACGUGGGGGUGGGCUGACCGGCGGCACCUCUUCUCUGUUUAUCUUAACUGAUGUUUGUGUUAUUUAAGGUUUGACUUCUUGUUCAUCUUGUGGAUUACCAUAUGAGAUGUUAGAUAUCUGUUGUGCCACUAGCGAUUCAAGGAUAAAUCAGUUGUAUUGACAGGAUCAGUGAAUGUCACAGGGCUCGGAUGGCAUAAUCGGCUGCACUGUACGGGAUAGAGCCCGCG